AAUCCUGCUCCAUCGGUUUCUAGUGAGAACAAUCUACGAAUUGUUUCCAGCCAACCAUUCUUUCGCGAUCUAAAACUUUUGCCACAUGUAAUGGAAGAAAUUCUCCCUCUGGAAGUGAACCAUCCUGAAAACGUUACCGGAAUACCCGAAGAAGCGAAAAGUUUCCUCCCUAUUCAUGGGUUCAUCACUGGAGGCGCAACCAAAGCAAGUGUAAUCGAGGAAGGAUAUACAGAUUUAGGGAACACUGAGUGUAUAGACUAUGACAAACUCACCGUCUCGACGCCGUUUGCUCGUGGCCGGUCCAAUGGUGCCACAGUUUCCGCCAAUUUGUGA